UCCAGAUUUUGUUUCCAUAAUUGUGAUCGGGAAGAUGUUUUCAAUUUUGCGUUCUUAUUUUCAUUGAUUACCUCUUCAAUUGCUGUGAAAAUUUGCUUCGAUGGAAUCUGUAGCAAAUAACGAAGGUAUGUACAUUCCUGUUUGUGAUGAUGCUUUGAAGCCAAUGAUUGGUAUGAAAUCCAAUACAUUAGUAGAAGCAGUUGGUUUCUAUGAACAUUAUGCUCGUUCAGUUGGUUUUGGCAUUCGUAAAAUGGGUAACAAAUCAGUUCAAGGUAUUACUAAGUGGCAGUAUUUGGCUUGCAACAGACAAGGCUCUAAGAAUUUUAUACCUGGUCAUGCAUCCCAAUCAACUGAAGUGUCUUUUAAGAAGCGUAGGUGUCGGUCAUUUAGGUGUGAAUGUCUUGCUAAGCUCAAUUUGAGAUAUUAUUCAGAUGGCAAGAGCAGAGGAUAUGAGGUUUAUCAGUUUGUUGAGUAUCAUAAUCACUUAAUGGUUGCGGAUGAGCAUAGUUAUAUGGUUAGAUAA